AGACAGCACGGAAUCAGUUCCGGGCUCCCAUUCUCCUUCAGGCCUCGCUUCUCGCCUCCGUCAGUAUUGCCCUCUCCCCGCCGCCGUCGAAGUCCAUGGUGUUGUAGUUUUGAUCCUGCGGAGCUUCAUGGGUUAUCUUUCGUAUGGCAGACACGCUCUUCAGCAUAUUAUUAAAAAUGCUCACCCUAAGAGCUCUUCUCAUACUGUGGUUAACCCACUGCUAUACGCUUGUCAAGGACUUAGAUACAGGAAACUGGAAGUCAUCCUCACAACGGAUAUAGAUAAGCUAGGAGAGGCGGGUGAGACGGUGAAAGUUGCUCCUGGAUAUUUUCGCAACCACCUAAUGCCCAAGCUGCUUGCCGUGCCAAAUAUUGACAAGUUUGCUUAUCUUAUCAGGGAACAGCGCAAGAUCUAUCAACCUGUUGCUGGAGAAGAAGAAGAAAAAAAAGAAGUAGUUAAAGUAUCUGAAGAUUCAAAAGAAGUUAAGAUGAGAGAAUAUGAAAAGGCAGCAGUACGCCUCACUAAAGCUAAGCUGGUCUUGCGGAGGUUCAUUGAUGCCCAAAAGGCACAGGCACGUGAAAAGAAAGAUGAUCCCCUGGAAUUGCGUUCAGCUGUGACGAAAGAUGAUAUUGUGGCUGAGGUGGCAAGGCAACUUUGUGUGAACAUUGCACCUGAGAACCUGCAUCUUCCAGCGCCUUUAUCAAAGGUGGGUGAAUAUGAGGUGCCACUGCUCUUACCAAGGUCGAUUCCCUUACCAGAGGGGGCGAUUAACUGGAGACUCCAGGUUAAAAUUCGGAGUAAAUAGAACUAUUAGUUUCAAUCUUUUCAGACAUUACUUGUUUUAUUUUCAUGGUCGUUGGCAGUUUUGUUUUUGUAAUCCCCGAUCAUUCGAUUAUGACGUUUGUUAUAUGUAACAUUUUAGGUGUUGGAAAAUCCAUAAUCAGAUUUACACUUGGUGGCUUGUUCAAUACAAAAUGAGAAUAGGAAUAGGAAAACUUUCUCAUAAGAACAUGGGAAUUUCUCUUUUCAAUAAAGUCAUUAUGCCACCUAUCAUA